AUGGCCAGUGAAAGUUUUGCAACCGUUACUAAUCUACUUUCAUCUAUUGAAACGGAAUAUGAAGCCUCACGAGAACUCAAUCAAGAACAAAUAGAGAAAUUGUUUGAAGAACUUAAGAAAUUUGAGAACUGGCAACAUGCAAUUAAAGAAUUUACUUGGAUGUUCGGACUUGGCGAAGAACAAAGACAUAUUGUUGAGAAGAAAGAAUGCCGGAAAGUCUAUCUGGUUGACUUCAAAGCAUGUCACAAGUUUCUCAACAAUUUCAUCUCAUGUCAAGAUUAA